CACCUGCGGAGCGGAAAGGACACCGCCGCACAUUCCUGCCGAGGCGCAGCGAGCAGGUCGCCUCGUCGUGACACACAGAGGGAGAGAGACAGACAGAGAGAGAGAGAAAAGAAAGAAAGAAAGACGUUUCCUUUCCCAAAUGGACGUCCGAGGACGCGCUGCUUAGCGUACCUGAAGAGGAGAGCGGAGCGGAAGGGAAAUGGACGGCGGAAAGGAGCAAGGAGAAGCGAGUGUGAAGUCACUGAUUUAAGGCGCCCGGGGGCCAUGGCGAGCUGCUGGGACUGCUGCCGGCGAGCGUGCAUGUGCUUCCUGUCCGAGGACGAGCAGAAGACAAUCAUAGUGGACAACGAGAUCAAGAAGAUCCUGAAGAAACAGAAGAAGAAGGACCGGCAGGAGAUCAAAAUCCUGCUGUUGGGAACUGGAGAGAGUGGGAAAACCACGUUCGUCCGACAGAUGAGGAUCAUCCACGGACGAGGCUUCUCUGAGGAGGACAGGCUGGGCUUCUCGAAAUGCAUCUUCCAGAACAUCUUCACCGCCAUCAAGGCCAUGACGGCGGCCAUGAGCACACUCAGGAUUCCCUACUCCAACCCCGAGAAUGAGAUCUACGCCACCUGGCUGCAGGACUUCAACACGGCGCAGAUCACCCAGCUGGAGCGACGCUACGUGGACGCCAUACGGCGCCUCUGGGCCGACUCGGGCAUCCGGGUCUGCUACAGCCGACGCUGCGAGUACCAACUGCUGGACUCCACGGAGUACUACAUGAACAAUCUGGAACGCAUCGCCGCCCCGGACUACAUCCCCACAGAACAGGACGUGCUGAGGGUCCGAUUCCCCACCACGGGCAUCAACGACUAUUCCUUCACCAUCGAAAAGAUCACGCUCAGGAUUGUGGAUGUUGGAGGUCAGAAGUCGGAGCGUCGAAAAUGGAUCCACUGUUUUGAGAACGUCACCUCGCUGAUCUUUCUGGCCUCCCUCAGCGAGUACGACCAGGUCCUGGAAGAGAGGGACGUCAUUAACCGCAUGGAAGAGAGCCUGGCGCUGUUCUACACCACCAUCCACUCGCAGUGGUUCCACAGCACCUCCAUCAUACUCUUCCUCAACAAGACCGACAUCCUGGCGGACAAAAUAAAGACCUCGGACCUGAUCAAGUACUUUCCGAGUUUCAGAGGUCGCAGACAAGACGCGGAGGACGCCAAGCAGUACAUCUGGAAGCUUUACGAGCUGCAGGCCAACAACGUGGAGAAGAGGGCGGAGAAGAAGACGCUGUACAAGCACUUCACCUGCGCCACCGACACCGACAACAUCCGCAAGGUGUUUGCCGACAUCAAGGACACCGUGCUGCUCAAGUCUCUGCAGGCCUACGGCGUUUUCUAACUAGGACUACACUGACUACUCCAUGUGUGUGAAGGAUGGCCCACAGGUGCUUUUGUUAUGGAGGAUGGAGGAUGGAGGUGGUCCUCAUCUCUGCUGCCCUGACAAUCAACUGACUUGACUUUCAUUCAUUCUUUUGGAUUUGAUUCUUUCUAUGUUUGACUAGCCUGCGGUGACAGACGAGAAGAGAAGCUCAAUCAGACAUGAACAUGGUGCACAGCCACCAAAUCACUGUAUUGUGUGCGAGGGUUGAUUAUAUACCUUACAGCUUUUCAUACAAACGUACUUUGGUAAUAUUUGGAAAUUCAUCCCUACCGCAGAUUUGACAGCGCCAAGCCAACGAGCGCAUCCUUGAAUUCUUACUGGCCUCCACAGUGCAAAUCCACUUCUAAGUCCAAAUAAGCUACAUUUCUUAAAAGUAACCUUAUCACUGGAGUGCGAGCAUUGGCUAAACAUGACACACACACACUUGACACAGUAGGAGGAUGCAAUAAGCCAUGCUAACCAUGAACGUAAACAGAAAACAGAGGUGGACGGAUCGAUACAUAUAUCAACUGUAAUGAUACAAAGUAUGGAAGCACCAAAAAAAAUCAAACAUCCCGAUCGUACAGAAUAUCGAUUAAUAAUGAGCAAAAAUCAAUUUGAUACAUUAAUACAUUUUGUUUUAUAAGAAUGAAUUAUUUAAAAGAUGUUUUCAGUAAGCGUGUCGAAUGAAUCUCAAUUGUUGUUAGUAGCAAUUCUUAAUCGAGUAUAAAAAAAGCAAAAAAAAAAUGUUUUUAAAUAUAUAAUAUAUCCAUCCAUUUUCUACCGCUUGUACCGUUCAGGGUUGCAGGCGUGCUGGAGUCUAUCUCAGCUGCUUCAGGGCGGGGUGUGACAAGUCGCCAUCACAUUAUAUAUACAUAUAUUUAGGGCAGCAUGGUGGUAGAGGGGGUUAGUGCGUCUGCCUCACAAUACAGAGGUCCUGAGUAGUCCCGAGUUCAAUCCCGGGCUCGGGAUCUUUCUGUGUGGAGUAUGCAUGUCCUCCCCGUGAAUGCGUGGGUUCCCUCCGGGUACUCCGGCUUUCUCCCACCUCCAAAGACAUGCACCUGGGGAUAGGCCCCUCCCACCUCCAAAGACAUGCACCUGGGGAUAGGCCCCUCCCACCUCCAAAGACAUGCACCUGGGGAUAGGCCCCUCCCACCUCCAAAGACAUGCACCUGGGGAUAGGUUGAUUGGCAACACUAAAUGGUCCCUAGUGUGUGAAUGUUGUCUGUCUGUGUUGGCCCUGAGAUGAGGUGGCGACUUGUCCAGGGUGUGGCGCGACUUCCGCCCAAUUGUAGCUGAGAUAUGGCACCAGCUCCCCCUGCGACCUCAAAGGGAAUAAGCGGUAGGAAAUGGAUGGAUGGAGAUAUAUAUAUAUAUAUAUAUAUAUGUAAGAUGUUAUAUAUAUGUAAGAUGUUAUAUAUGUAAUAUAUUGUAUACAAAUAUAUAAUACAAAUCGAUUUAAAAAAUAUUAAUUUUUUGUUUAAAUAGAAAUUAUAUAUAUAUAUAUAUAAAUAUAUUCAUUUUUAUUUUAAAUUUCUUAAUUUUUAACAUGUCCUGUCCAACCAUCUACAUCAUGUAGAUGUAGAUGUAGAUGAACUAUAUCUGAUGUACACAUUUUCUUUCGAAAAGAGAAGUGUUGGAUACUUCUCCUGUUGCCUUAUUUGUAUUUGACUUUAUUAAAUGUUCGGGUAGAAUUGUAUAAAACAAAACCAGUUUUCUUUUGUUUAUUUCAUGAAUGAAUGUAGUUAAUCAUAGAACUGGCACCCAAUGUUAUUAAAAAAAAGUAUUGAUUUUGAAUCGCAAGUCGUUUUGAGUCGAGAAUCAAUUCCGAAUCCAAUCGAACUCCCAAAAAUCGAAACAAAUCAUUUUGUGGCCAAAAUAGUUACAGUCCUAGUUUUCAGAGCAAAAGGAUAUUUUCUAACCUGUAACCUGUUUGGAAAUAGUUUCAUUAUAGUUAUUAUACCAAAUAAUACAUUGCAAGAAUCGCUUUUAAUCAAGAACCGUUCUGAAUUGAGAAUCAGUUCUGAAUCAAAUCAUCACCCCAGGAAUCAGAUUGAAUCAUUAGGUAGCCACUACAGAUACUACAGUGGUUAGAUCCACAUCUUUUAUUAGACAAUCUUUUGUCGUUUGUUUACAAACUGACGAAAGAAAAAACAGUAAGCUACAAACGUCUAACGAAUAUAGCUUACCGCUACGCUGCAAAGACACGACACGGCACGACACGAGCGACAAUACAUGACAAUAAUCCAGCACAGACUGAAUGGGAAGGCAGGUUAAAAUAGGAGCGGGCUGAUUGACACCAGGUGUGGCCAGGUGCCAAUCAGCCACAGCUGAGGGGAAACAGCGCUCAGGGAGAAACACAGGAGACUGACAAACUAAGAGCACUGACGGGAAACACUACACACACAGAGGAAACAAAGACAAUAGCAGAGGGAAAACAUAACCAAACUGUCAGGGACGAACCUGACAAUUGGGGUGUUACCAUUUAGUGGUCAAUUGUAGGGAAUAUGUACUGUACUGUGUAAUCUAGUUUCAAUCAAUCAAUCAAAGCCCCAGCUGCCAAGGUCCGACAUGAUCCGGUUACCUGGCUCGUCAUCGCUUGAUGUUUCCAUGCAUUGAAUUAGUCGUAAUAACUCAAAUCAUUUGCUUUCUCCAAUUUUCACAACGACGUGAUGUCCAGAUUUCCAUGCUCCAGACGCAGUGGGCCUCUCGUACACUAGGGGGCGACUGUGGUCAUUUCAGCUUGUUUUGCUAUGUGGGGAUGUCAACAGAAGAAGAGAAUGCAACAUGCUAAUAAGCUAGCGCCAGCAGAUAACAGAUAACUACUGUAUUUUUCUGACAAUAAAGUGCACUUAAAAUCC